CCUCAACUGAUGUUGAUAUUGUCAUUUUGUGUUUUGGCCUGAUGCGCCGCCCUCCACCUUUCUACCAAUCACGAAGUCCAAUCACGAAGUCGGUAGUGUUUCGGCAUCAGGGUUGCCAGCUCCGCUCUAGUUACCAGAGCUGCAGCUGAGAACGUGUCGGUUAAAAAAUGUCUAAUGUUACCAAGCCUAAAAGACCUCGUUAUGAAUCCGAACUACGUCGUGACAAAGUCCGAAAUAAAACAAGGAUUUGUAUAGGAGAUGCCUUUGAAAGAUGGAGACGGCUGAAAACGGAGAAUAAGUUGAAGACAGACGUCAACGUUGCUAAUUUUCUCCUGGACAGCUAUUAUGGCCCCAGCACCUCAACCCCCAGUAAGAGACCGUGGAAGAAGCAACACCUGACUGCACCAUCACUUUCCAGUAUUGGAUGUGCAUCAUCUGAAACACUUUCAAAUCAAGAGGACCUGCCGCCUAUUGAGGAAAGACUAGAAGAGGAUGAGCGCACCAUGGAUGCCUCUGAGGUUCUGGAGGAAAGUCUACAGAACAUGAGCAUUCAGGAUGCUGAAACCCAGCUCAUGAAUGAGCAGGAGAUAAAUGACCUAAUGAACAGUGUAAUUGAUUGGGGUGACCGUAAUGAUGAGGAGAUUGAAGCAGAUUUCAGUGAAGAUGAGGACUAUGUCCCUCGUAUUUGUAUUUGGUUGGGUGGAGCAUUGCAGGCACCACCAUGCCUUGACAAUCUGCCUGUGAUAGAUGCCAGUGAGACAGUACAUGACAUCCCAGAUGUAGAGCCUCCAUCAGUCACCUUACCUCCACUUCAACAACCUGACUUUCCUGAUACACUGUGCGUCAUGACUGAAGAUGACCUAAUUGGGAAACGGGCCUCCAUCACUUAUGAGGACUGUUUGAAGCAGCUUGCAACAUUCCUUGUGCUUCCAGUCCAAAGAUGCCCAUACACAUGUGACGUCAGCCAAGUGGAGUGUCAGUGUCGCCCUCCAUUUGAAGUUUCCCUUACGUGCAGGGGUACUGCAAGCAUCAUGGAAUGGACCUGCCCUGUUGGCCACACUGUAUGGAGAUGGAGCUCACAGCCCACUGUGAGGUACGGGAUGCUGGCAGGGGACUUCAUGUUGGCAAGCAACAUUCUACUUUCAGGAAGCAACUACGCCAAAGUCUCGCUUUUGUUUCAGUUCAUGAACAUGGGGAUGGUGGACCGUAGUUCCUUUUUCACAAUUCAGGACACGUACGGUAUAGACACUGUAAAGGAGUUUUGGGAGGAGAGGAGGGCUGAGGCAAUACAUCGCCUAAAAGACAAAGAUGUGGUGAUAGUAGCGGAUGGAAGAAUGGACAGCCCUGGACAUUGCGCCCAGUACUGUACAUACACUGCCAUGGAGAACGAAUCCAGGGAAAUCAUCUCCGUCAUCACUGUGGACAAAAGGGAGACUGGGCAAAAUUCUGUGAUCAUGGAGAGAGAGGCAUUUGUGCGGACAGUGGACACUCUUUUGAAUGAAGUCAAACUAGUGGAGGUCUGCACUGAUGCCCAUGUCCAGAUCUCCGCACUAAUGAACAAAGGAAAGUACAAAGACCUUGGCCUGCAGCACAGCUUGGAAAUGUGGCAUGGGGCCAAGAAUUUGGCAAAAAGGAUUUAUGCUGCUUCACAGGUCAAGGGUCAGUCCAGUUUGAGCAGUUGGCUGAAAGGUGUUGUCAACCACUUUUGGUGGUGCUGCAAAACAGCAGAUUCUUACCAAGAGUUCCUUGAGCUGUGGCUUGGGCUCCUACAUCAUGUCACAAAUGAACACAGGUGGGUGCUGGGAGGCUGCCUGGUGAAUCUGGUGGAGCUCAACAGUGGCUUGAGCGAGGCUCCAUGGCACACGAGGCUCUGAAGAGCAUCGUUCGAAACAAGCGGUGGCUUAAUGAGGUCUACUGCUGAUCUGGAGUCCUUCCAGAACCAUAUUUUAAUGUACGCUAGCAAGCGCACAGCAUUUAGCCCUCCUGUCUUUGAGGCCAGGAUGCUCCUUGCAGCGAUAGACUACAAUUACUACAAGGACCGUCCAGAGUUGUGCAAAUCUGAUGGAAGCAAACAGUACAGGAGGCUGUACAAGAAGAAUGCUCGCAGGUAUAUGCUUUACACUCUGAAGGCAUCCAAGACGUAUGGCUACAUCCCAGAACUGCAAGCUAUGAUCCUUCAAAAGAGAUUAGCUGGUAAGGGGAUGCCCAGACGGAGGACACUACGACCUGAUGACCCCCGAAGGUACGGCCUACUUCCCCCUGUGCCGGCACCAACCAUUCAGGAACUCCUGCACACCCAAGUCAGGAGAGGUCUUGUAUCAGCAUUCCAGACUGAAGACCCGUGAAGCCUAGUUUCCAGAGUCUCACAACCCUGACCAUGUUCUUUGCCAUGCAACCUUUUGUGUCAUGAGCUGCUUAUCAAUAAUUCCAGACUAAAACGUCUCAACAGUACAGAGCAGCUGUUUAGUUAUCUAUUUAUUCUGUGUAACCUUUAUUAUUAGACCAUUUUUGUUACUGUUUCUCUACAUAGUAAAAAGUAUAGCAUUGUUAUUCUGAAUAUUUUUUUAUUGAAAAAAGGAGGAAGGCUCUUUACAAACAAACAAAUCAAAAAACAACUUGUGUAUAUAUAUACACAACAAUAAAUAACUGGAAGUAAACAGUU